CACACCAAUCACAAGCAAAAUCAGCCACCGUUUGGCCAUGCUUUGCCGCCCUCUCACUGUGUCUGUCUGCCACUCUCUCCGCCGCCAUGUGAAGCAACAGCCACCCCUCCCCUUCACCGCCCGUCACUCCGCUUGGCCCAGCGAUGCGUUUCGGGUCGUGAGCGUUGUUCCAUCUGCCUGAUACACACAGACAAAGCAGUGCAAGUAACGAGAAGGCUCUCGGGCGGGGAGAUACACAUGAUACACAUACAAACACACACCAUGAGAGCUCUUUGAGUGUCUGCCCGUCACCUUGCCCACCCUCCCGUACAGUGAAAGAGUGAGUGAGCAUUUUUGCAAUGCAAUGGCUCUCAGGAGCUUGCCGACGCCUCUCCCUCCACCCUUUGACAGCCUCCUGCUGCCUGUUGGUAGUUGACAGUCAUCUUUCGAGUCGGCUGGCUUCAGCGGCCGAUGUCAGCCGGUCCUCUGCCGUCACUGUCGACUCAUCCAAUGCAUCGCCGCCCCUCUGCACAUGAGAGAGCCUAUCAAACAGCGAUGAACCAGCCUCACUCCUGCCGUGUUUUUUUGUUUGUUUGUUGGCCUCAGGUGAGAUGAUGGUCUCGAGAUCAGCGCGUGACGAUCUUGGCCAAAAGUCGCGUUUAGAUGCAUCUGCGACAAUUGUGGUGCAUCCUUCUCUGUCGUGCGGCUCCCGCAAAGCGUCCAAGCGACAGCCAUUGAUAUCCUCGGCCACAGAGCGAGUAGAGAAAGCUUUCUUUGCCCUUCCCCCCACCAAUUCAACCAGAGGGCGCCGCCAUCAGCUCACCUGAGCCACCAUAAUGCCGCCCUCCUCGGCCGACAAAGUCAAGGUCCUGAUUAGAAAUCGUCAGAGCUACCGCACCCGCCACCCCGACACCAUCCCGCAGCGUGUUAACAAGGCCGCCCAUGGAAGGUGCCACGGUGGGGAUUUGAGGGCUUCGCCAGCUACCUGCAGGUCUUUGCCCACCUGCUGCACUUCAGCGCCCGCCAGCACUUCCAGAACAUCCACAUCACCAUCCCACUGCAGGUGGCCCUGCCCCGGUUCUGCGAGUACGCCGACCUCACUCACGGCCAGGUGCGGGUCACCGACCAGUGGAACAUCAAGUGGAUAUUUGCAGACAUGAUCAUCAUCAUCUGGUGCCUCUGCCCCAAGGUCAUCGUCUGCAUCAUCAUCUGGAUCAAAUGCGUCCUAUUCCCCAUCUACAAGCUGAUCAAGCAGCGCAAGGACGCCGUCCUCAAGGUCGUCAACGGGCGGGCCAUCCUCUUCAAGCAGGGCCUCUACUACUACCUCGAGAUGGUCAAGAAGAACGGAGGCGGCCCGGCCCCUCCCCUCCGUCUGCCCCGCUGCUUCUGUGCCAUCGCCGAGCUCUUCCGCCUCACGCCCGUCGAGCGCUCGUUCGUCAAGGGCAACAACCUGCCGGCAAGGGACGACAGCUCCAAGACCAACAACCAACAGGAGAUGCGGGACAGGGCCAGAGAGAUGGUCGAGGCCAGCACCACCAUCCACCCAAACCUCAAGGCCGUCAUCCUCAAGUGGUUCGACGAGUGGCCGCUGCCGCCCUGCCAGUUCUCAGAGGAGAUCCGCGGCAAGUCCUACCUCAUCACCGACCCAGCCAACUGCAUUGGCCUGAUGCCGGCGCUGUUCGGCAUCAACGACGACACGGGUGCGGUGCCCGAGGGAUGGGACCUCACGGCCCAUCACCUCGGGAUCAUCCUCAAGAGGUAAGCAGCGAAGCGAGGGAGACACACACCACAUGCAUGCAGCGGUGAUGCUGUGUGUCUAUCUUCCCAUAGCUUUGAGAACAAGAACCCCAUCAACGAGGAGUGGGAGGACGAGGCGGAGGAGGUGGAGGGCCGCAUCAAACACGCCCUGCAGCACCUGACGGACCACAACGUCAUCGGCCGCCUGCGCCUCUCCGACACAACCCGCCGCAUCAAGGCCGAGCUGGCUUAGGGGGACAACGACGACGAGGACGGCGAGGACGAGUAGAGCAGAGGCACCAGAUGGUGAUGCAUGUUGGUC